UGCUAUUCACAUUUGCGUCUGGUCUCGUCUCGUCUGGUUUUGUCUCCGGCGCAACAGCGGAGUCUCAGUUGGACCACAGAGAAACGAAAAAGUGAUUUUUUGUGGUGUGAAAUAUAAGAAACAAAUAUAAUAUCAAAAGAUGAAAGUCACUUUGGCGUUAGCGACUUUCUGCCUGGUGGCUGCCUGCGCCAAUGCGCAAAAGGGCAGAACCACAACAACCACAGGCACCAAGCCGGGUCGUUUCCUCUCACUGCCCGUGCCCGCCAAGUGCGCUAGCCGCCCCAAGGAGUUCUCCUAUCGCGGCAAAAACAUGUUCCUAAGCACACAUGUGCCGGCGCUUGCCAACAGGAAGGUCGACUGGUUGGAUGGUCGUAAUCUGUGCCGCGAGUACUGCAUGGAUCUGGUCGCACUGGAGACCCAAGAGAAGAACAAUCUGAUCUUCCGUGUCAUUCAGCAGAAUGAUGUGCCCUACAUCUGGACCGCUGGACGCAUUUGCGAUUUCGCUGGCUGCGAAAAUCGUCCCGAUCUGGAGCCCAAGCAUGUUUAUGGCUGGUUCUGGUCUGCAACCCGCGAGAAGAUCCAGGCCACCAACCGCAUUCCACAGGGCUGGGGCUACAAUCCCUGGUCGCAGACCGGUCACAAGAAGCGCCCACAGCCCGACAAUGCUGAGUACGACAUCAACCAGACCAAGGAGCAGUGUCUCUCCGUGCUGAACAAUGUCUACAACGAUGGCAUCGCAUGGCACGAUGUUGCCUGCUAUCACGAGAAGCCCGUCAUCUGCGAGGAUAACGAAGAGCUGCUGCGCUAUGUGGCGGCCACAAAUCCGGGCAUUCGUCUAUAAGCUACUGAAGUUUAAAUGCUUCUGCAUUGUUUGUGUAAUUUUAAAGCUACUUAUUAUAAUACUCCCUAAAUGAGUUCUUUUUGUAUAAUUUUGUUUUAUGUGUACGACGAAUGUGCAAGACAAAUAGACUUUAGAAUUUAUAAAAAAAAAAAACCCCGAUCUUACAUAUAUAGACAUCUAGAGACAUGCCGGAAAAUUCACAAAACCCUCUUCGUAACUGCCAAUUUUACACGUAGAACUCGAUUUUUUUGAAACUAAACUAUUUCCUUCCUACAAAUUGUAUUUAUAUAAAAUUGUUAAGUACGACUAUUUACUGGAAAUUCGCUACGCCCCAAAAUCUCUUUGGUAUUUUAGUUCAAAACAAAAAGAAAAAAAAAAAAAACAGAACAAGAAAAGGAAAGAGAAAAGAAAAACUUACCAUUCGAUUGCCCUGCAAAACAAAGAGAUUGAAUAAAAUGUUGUAAUUCAUAAAAAAAAAA